AUGGGCAGACGGAUGACCACCACGGACGACUUGUGGGCUCAGGCCGAGGCCAAUGGCUACCAGAGAGGAGCGUGCACAAAAGUUGACCAAGUUCGCGGGGGCCAGAAAUACAUCUCCAAGACAAAGAAGGACCACGAUCGAACUUUACAACGCUUCGUCCACUGGCACCUGAAAUCGAUGAGAGAGGACCACGAACGAGAGGGACUACCACCUCCCGACGAAGAUGCGGCGCGCAGCCGGUACUUGGGCGAAGGAGUACCUACCCCGGACCUGUUGACCGUGAAGGACUUCUUGCGGUUCUAUGUCGCUACGAGCAAAUCUCAGCUCGAUAAGCAGAAGCCUACUGCCGACUCUAUCUGCACCAUUGCAGAGUGGUUUUUUGCGGGCUUUACUCGAACCACCGGCACCGACACUAACGCGGAUGAUAGAAGUGAGGUGUACUAUAGACAGACCCAACUAAUCUUGCUUCAUUGGAUUCGACGCACCCUGGUCCUCGAAGGCGUCGUCGUUAACAAGCACCGACCGAAACACAAUUUCACAGUCCGAGACCUUUCCCGUGUCCUUCUCGCGCUGUGGACGUUCGACGACCUGAUCUUUAUUCCGGAGCGAUAUCGUAUCCAGGUAACCUUCCUCAUCCACGUCUACUGCUGGACCGGGGCGCGUAUCAACGCAUUCUUCGCCGACGGACUGCGGUACAAGGUCUGCUUUGCUGUUUGGUCCUUGAUCGGAUCUGGGAUGUUACGCCUAUCUUGCAACGUGACCACGACACUGCCAACAGCCGUGGCUGGAGACUCGUGUAUAAGAUCGGCUAGCGUUGGGUCAAAAACAACCGAGACCCCGACAACAUUGUGUACGUGCUUCCCUGUCGUCCGCAACUGGCCGACCCCUCUGGCCUGA